CUUUCCUACGCACUUCCGCAUUUGUUGCAGUCAAAACAGGAGUGUUUCUGUUUGUUGUUAAAAUAUUAAUUUAAAAACAGUUAUUUGUAUUGGAUUAGUUAAUCUUGCAAGAUGACUGUGUUGACCAAGCCUAGUCUUACUAUUAAAAAAAUCCCGUUAAUAGACGACAGCCAUUGCGAUGGGGAAAUCAUUGAGAUGCAGCCGGCAGGACCUCGCAAGCGUCACCAUAGCUUGGGAGCUAUCCUCUGCAUGGGCAUAACGGUGUUUCUCCUCGUUCUUAUGGGAGUCAUCACAGCCCUGCAGAUUUACGAACAAGUUAACUCUGAUGUGAUCCAGCGUAACCGCAUUCAGGGCUUCUGCUCCAUUCCUCUGAACGGGGACAUGGAAAUGAUGGAGUCCCACAGGAUGCCGCUUCACUGGAAGACUGCCAAUCUUGGGACCACUAUUCAAGUGGUGAGCGUGACGGAGGACGAUGAUCCGGAUCACUUGCUGGACAUGCUGCGGGAGGUGUUCGACAUCGACAUCGAGCAGUCAGUCGAGAAGAUAUCCGUCUUCAACAACGGCCACCCCGUCAGCUUCCUGCAUGACUUCGAGGCUAAUAUUACUGGUAUCGUGGACUCGGACCGUUGCUUCAUGAUGGACAUGGACCCGGCGGCGGUGGUGUCCCCGGGCGAGCUGGCGGCGGGGCUGGCGGCCGGCGCAGACUUCGACGUCAGCCGCGUGCGCACCCCGCUGCGGGCCGUGCUGCCGCCGCGCCCCGCGCCGAGACAUCUCGGACAACUCUGCACCGACAAACCCAUCUACCCACUCACCAGGGAAGUCGCUGUCGUCAUCCGCAAACGGUCAGCUGAUGCCCCUCCUCACGACUACAUGCACUUUGCUGGCAACGGCGUGCAGGAGAUAGAGAUCAGUAACCUCGCCGAGCUGCUGCAGUACGAGCAGGACCACAAGCGCACCGACUAGGGACAAGGCCCACCACUCACUGCGCGGGGCUUAUAGCUCGCGGAGUGACACCUGGCAUUGUGUCACCUGUCACCUGUCACUUGUCACCCGUCACCUGUCAUCAGUUCACGUUAUCGUGUGUGAUGUCGAAACACAAUUAUACUUGUACACAACUUUGUUAUAAUUUCGUUAGUUCUUAAUUUAGUUUUAAGCUUUCUUUCAUUUGAAUAAUUUGGUACUGUUAUUCGAUAUGGAAUAACAGCAAUAGUUUCGGACAGUAUUUUUAGUUUAGGUAUAUAUUUUGUGAUAUUGUAGUUCCCUUCCAAAAAUGGAAUAUUAGGUAACUUUUUGAGAAAUGUUACGCACAUUGAAUGGGAAGGGUGUGUAAAUCGAAAUUUAAAUUUGAAUUAACGACAGAAAAUAAAGGCAAACAUGGUAUGUAUGCCACUAGUCAAAAACUGGCAUUCAUUCAUUAUUAUGGAGAAGCCAUAUAUGUUUCCUAUCCUAUUUGGAAUUUUAGUUAAAAGUAAUGAUAAAUAAUGAUAUUUUUCUUGGUACUGAAAAGGGCAGACUAAAUCGUAUUUCCCCAUCGAAGUGUAAGACGAAGGGAAAAAUUAUUUAGUUUUUAUUCGAAGCACGUUAUAAAGUGAUGUUUGACUUCUUAGUCUUUAGUAACUUUUUCGACACCUUGGUUUAGUCGAUUGCAUAAAUUAUAUUAUCAUAAUUAUAGUUUUAGUUAAUUUAGUUAAAUAUUGAUGCUGUUCAAGAAUAAUAGGUGUGUAAGAUGAUAGAUAUAAGAACAUUAAAUAAAUAAGGAUAGAAAUAAUAAUUAUUUGGGCACGUCGUAUCUUGCGAUAAGCACAUAUACAUACCUACCAACAUUUUACCUUAGGAUCUCACCUUUUGGUUCCAUUCCAAAAAAUAUGUUCCAAAAUAAUGUUACUAUUUUAUUAUUUUCGUUACAAUGAUAGUAAAUGUUUUGCAUUAAAGUAAUUCAUGUUGUAAUUGAUAGAUUUAAGUUUACUCCGCUUGUACUCUUCUAGGUGAUUUAUGACAAAAUAAAAUGUUCAAAAUUA